GCAUCGCUCUCGACGUGCUCGCACCUCUACUUUUGCAAGACGACAUGCUUGGAGUGGGCAGGAGCUAUCAUCGCUUGGACAUGAGCCAUUGUCCCAUUGCCUCUUUUCCCCUAUAAAUUGCUGGCGCCCCCCCCCCGUCCUUUCGAAAAGCAUCCACAUUGAAGGAUCUGAGAAUUCGUCACGCCAUGUGCCGGAUCGACGCGCCCGCUCGACGCAUCGCUUGGCUGCUCAUAUGGAUGCCAAAUGCUUUCGGGAUCAAGACUGGCGACUUUAGUACUUGGCUCUCGCCAUUGGCUACCGAGCAAGUGAGCCAACUCGAAUUGGAAAAGAUUCAUCAAGCUGCACGGUAUCACCGGAAUAACCACUGGAUGCAUAUAGGCGAGCCCAGAAAUCAUUUGGCGACAGCGACCCACUUUGGUGUGCUGCGUGGCUUGCGAAAUGAGCCCCAAGCAAAUCAGCCGCUGGCCAGAGGUGCAUUCCUCACCAGCGAUCUGACACCCUUGCCAGUGUCUGCGAAAGAUGUGCUGAGCGGACUGCAUGGUCCGGGCAAUGUUCCUGAAGUGCAUGGAGUUCCCCUCGCCCCUAAUAGACGAUUCUGGAAGAAUGGCUACACGUACGAGAGGGGCAAGCAACCCACACCGAGCUCUAACCCCCUUGAUGAUCCGACAAAGCGUUACAGCGUCAGAGUCGGCCACCCUCUAGGCUUCGACGGUGACUACAAGGAUAAUCUGUACAGGCAGACUUGGCGAGCCGUGCAAUUGUGGCACAAUACCCGACCCGAAGCAGAACAGAACAAAGUCCACCACUACAAGAUGCUUCAUCUGCUGCGCGAGAUGCCCGACAGCGCUCUGUCUCACACGAGAGUGUUUGCAUACGACAAGCACGAGCAGCUCAUACCGAACAAACAAGACCCAACGACGUACGUGCAUCAAGUACCGUUCGCACCGACGCGACCCGCAGCGCGAGACGCCGGCCACAUUAUUGGGUCGACACCUGCUCGCAAUCCGACUCGAGAUAGCUACAACAUGCGCCGCUUUGGCACGCUUGCGGCCCCACGCACCUCGGCUAGCGGGAGCGGGAGCGAAAGCUCAAGAAAGCUGUCGGCAGAUGCGCAACCCUUUGUGCCCAAAGGCAAAGGCGGUCGAGUGCGCCCAAGCUCGCCAAGCACACCUUCUUCUGUGAGAGGUGUGCAUUAAGUAGGUGUCCUAGCUACAAAGAGAGAGAGGUAAUAUAGGUGCUGCAACCGUGCGUCUGCGGCGCUCGCGCCACGUGAUUAU